UUUGAGUCUACUUUUACCUUUACUGGUGAGAGAGAAACAUGUCGGAGACUGCUCCAGCUGCUCCUACUACCCCCGCACCUGCGGAAAAAGCACCCGUGAAGAAGAAAGCAAAGAAAACGGGUGCUGCUGCAGGAAAGCGCAAGGCGACCGGGCCCCCGGUGUCCGAGCUCAUCACCAAGGCUGUGGCCGCCUCCAAAGAGCGCAGCGGGGUGUCGCUAGCCGCCCUCAAGAAGGCGCUGGCGGCCGCCGGCUACGACGUGGAGAAGAACAACAGCCGCAUCAAGCUGGGGCUGAAGAGUCUGGUGAGCAAGGGCACCCUGGUGCAGACCAAGGGCACCGGCGCCUCCGGCUCGUUCAAGCUCAACAAGAAGGCGGCUUCCGGGGAGGCCAAGCCCAAGGCCAAGAAGGCGGGCGCGGCCAAGCCUAAGAAGCCCGCGGGGGCAACCAAGAAGCCUAAGAAGGCUGCGGGGGCCGCCGCGCCCAAGAAGAGCGCCAAGAAGACCCCCAAGAAGGCCAAGAAGCCCGCCGCGGCUGCUGGCGCCAAGAAGGUGGCCAAGAGUCCCAAGAAGGUGAAAGCUGCCAAGCCCAAGAAGGCUGCCAAGAGCCCAGCCAAGGCCAAGGCCCCUAAGCCGAAGGCCUCCAAGCCUAAGGCUGCCAAGCCUAAGGUUACGAAGGCCAAGAAAGCGGCCCCCAAGAAGAAGUGAAAGUGCCAACGGGUC